CGCAUCGCUCCAAACCCCUUUAUCCUUUAACCAUAAACCCUAACCCCACACACACUCUCUCUCACCCCCUAACCCAAACACACAUACUCUCUCUCUCUCUCUCUCUACUCUGAGUCGCGCGCACUUUCCCGCUCCCUCUCUAUCUAAAUUCCACCCGUUUAUCUUUCUUACUAGAUCUCUCCACCCGUUGCUUCCGUUCAUUUUUUUUCUUCAUUUUUCGUUGUCUGUUUGUAUAAUCGCUGUUAUUUUUCUGUAUCCGUUAUUUUGAUUUUCUUAGACGAAUUUUUUGUUGUCUUCAGUUUCACUUCCGAAUUUGAGAUCGCGAGUCGAUUAAAGAUAUAGAAGUUGAAUUGGUUGUUGUUGUUAUUGUGUUCAUUUUAUUUUUUUUGAUCUUAUGAUCUAUAUUCAUUUUCUGCGUUUUUUUUAUUUACGGAACAUUUUCCGAAUUCUGAUCCUGGUUUUUGUUAAAUUCAACUCGUUACUGAGUUGAGUUAACUCGGUGUGAAUUAAAUUGGAGGAAAAGUUGAGUGUGUGAGUGGUUUGGGUAACAAAGCGCAAUGCCAUCUGUUCCGAUAAAGCAAACGAUGAGUUUGUUUGGAGUGGUGAAAGGCGUCGACACCGCACGCGUUUUGCGGUCGGGGCGGCGGUUAUUGCCGGAUUCCGGCAAGAAAAAAAUGAGGAGAUGCAUCGGUGGAGUAGAGAGAAAAACGAAUGAUGAUGUCAGCAGCGACGGUAAUGACAAUAUUGUUAUUAGGAAGACGUUGAAGCAGAGGAAUCAAAAGGUUCGAUGUUUGAGCAAACCGGAUGGGCGUGAUAGAUUUUUUGGGAAAGUAUAUAGCAGAAAGAGGAAGAGAAUUGAUGAGAAUGACAGUGGUAAAAAAUUUAGGAUAAAAAUGUUGCAGAAUCGGUGUGUGAUUGCGGUUGUUGUGAAGCCUUCUUGUUUGUUCUCGUGUUUCUUGUUUGUGGUUUUGAGAUGCGUAAUAAGGUUCGGACUCAGACUUGAGGAUCUCUCUGCUUUUCUUCUAUCGGAGCCUAUUUGUUCUGCUUAUGCAUCAAGAGCGAUACAGUUCUUACAGGGUUCUGUUACUGCUAAGGUUGGAAUUUGUCAGUUUUUUGGUGUCAAAUGGUUCAUGCCAUUGUUCUGUGUGGAUUUUUCUGCUAUUCCUCUCUGUUUCAAGUAUCUGCAUUCUACUGUGCUCUUAAGAUAUAUGUUAAGGUCACAUUUUAUUGUAUAUAAUUUGGUAAACGUUCCUAGUGAUAUCAAGGAGGAAAUUGAUCUCCCAGAUUUUCAGAUUGAACUGCAGAAUUCAUGCAAUACCUACAAGAUAGAAGCUUCUGAGAUUGGAACCGUGAAUGUCACCCCUGAAGUUAUUCAAAUUGAUAACAAUUUAUCUUUACAAGCAUCUGAUAAGUGUUCUGAAUUAGUUGGUCGAAACGGACAGUGUUUAAACAUGAACUCUAAACGCAUUCAGACGAGGAAAACUUCAGUCAAGAAAAGGAAAGCUCCAAACACUGGUGUCGCCUCUGAUUCAAAGCGUGGACGGAAGAAAAGUAGUUCUGGUGCAAGUUCAUCUUAUUGUCCUGCAAAUAUAUUAGUUGCCGAGCCCGACAGAUGUUACCGGGUAGAAGGAGCAAUUGUCACUUCUGAAGAAAUGCCUGACUCAAAAGAAUGGCAUAUCACAGUAAAAAAAGAUGGAUUGACUAGAUGCACUAUCAAGGCUGAAAAGAUAAUGAGACCCUGCUCUUCCAAUCGGUACACUCGAGUUCGAAUGAUUUCAUUAGAAAAUGGUUGGAAAUUAGAGUUUUCUAAUAACCAGGAAUGGAUUGCCUUUAAGAAUCUUUAUAAGGAGUGUUCUGAACGUGAAAUUCCAAUCCGUGUUUCGAAAGUUAUCCCGGUACCAGUUGUCUAUGAUGUCACUGACUAUGCAGACAAUAACAUUGUUCCCUUCAACAGACCACAUUCUUAUAUAUCGACAAACGGUGAUGAGUUUUACAGAGCCAUGACAAGGAAAACUGCGAAUUACGACAUGGAUUCUGAAGAUGAAGAAUGGCUGAACAAGUUCAAUAAUGAGUUUCAAGAACAUGUUUCACAGGAUGAUUUUGAGUCAAUUGUUGAUGCUUUGGAGAAGGCUUAUUACUAUAAUCCAAAUGAUUGUUAUGAUGAAAAAUAUGUAACUAAUUGGUGUCAGAAUCUUGUUAGCAAGAAAGUUGUAGAAGCUGCACAUAGUUAUUGGAUGAGAAAACGGAAACACAAGCAUUGGUCGCUGCUUAGGAUUUUCAAGAGUUACAAAGUAAAUGUACAUUCACUUGUUCCCAAGCCUUCGUUGCGAAAGAAGAGGUCGUUCAAGAGACACCCCAGUCAAAUAAGCAGAGGCAGACUUCCAAGUGUUUUGCAAGAUGAAAAAGGUGGUUUGGAGGAGGAUAAGAAUGUGAUGGUUAAGAUUGAAGCAGCGAAAGCGGCUGCAAAAGAAUCGAAGGAAGUUGCAAUACAAAAACGCAAAAGGGCUCAGUUUCUUGCACAAAAUGCAGAUUUAGCAAUCUACAAAGCCACAAUGUUAGUUAGGAUAACUGAAACAACUCAAGCUGGAGGAUCAAUAGAUGCCUUGGCAGAAUACUUUCUUGAUUGACGGGUAGAAUUUUUUUAUUUUUUAUUUUAUACUAAUUAUUAUUAUAAUUAUAAUCAUUGCAGGAAGGGUUACACCUAGCUCCUCUUAUUUUAUUAUUUUUUCAUUUGUUUAUUUUUAAUUGUAAUUGUAUAUAUAUCUUCUAUUUUUAUGUACGUCUUGCUUUAGACUAGGAUCUCACAUCAAUAUUUUGUACAAUUAGAUUACUUGAUUAACUUCGAAAAAGGAAUAUGAGAAAAGGGGAAACAUGAAAUAAAAGAUAUUUAAUUUUAAGCUUA